CCGAAGAAGAGUGAACCGCUCGGGCUGUCAUGUGCUCCGCCGCCCGACUGACCGACGGACUGUGGGGGGGGGGGGGCGGUCAGCUGACGAAUCCGGGUCGCUCGUGUUUACGUUCCCGUUGACGCGCCUUUCCUCUGAAUGAAUGCGGCGGCAUGCUUCGUCGAGGAGAACCAUGGUAGUCGUCAACUCGGUGCUCAAGCUGCUGCAGAGGCAGACGUACACUUGCCUGUCCCACCGCUACGGGCUUUACCUCUGCUUCGGGGGGCUCGUCCUCACGAUAGUUUCCGCUUUUCAGUUCGGAGAGGUGGUGGUGGAGUGGAGCAGGGACCAGUAUCACGUGCUGUUUGACUCCUACAGAGACAAUGUGGGUGGGAAAUCAUUCCAAAGCAGGCUCUGUCUGCCCAUGCCCAUCGACGUGGUGUACACCUGGGUGAACGGCACGGACGUCGCUCUGCUGAAGGAGCUGAAGGCGGUCAAGGAGCAGCUGGCGGAGGAGCAGAGAGCCCUGAGGGAACGUCUGGGGAAGAACGCAAGUGAGACGACUGAAGUGCCAAAGGAGAGUGUCAAUCCCGAGUGUCUGCUGUCCCGCUGCAUCAUGGCGCCCAUGCUGGCCCUGGACCCGCCCCUCCCCGCCAACCUCACGCUCAAAGAGCUGCCGUCGCUCUCGCCCUCCCUCGCCGCUGCCCAGGAGCUGCUGCUGAUGCACAAAGCCUUCCACGGGUCCACCACCGUCUCUGUGGUCGUCUUCCACUCGCAGGCGGAGGCUGACAAAGCCUUUACGGAUGUGUCCAAGGAAGACCAGACGUUCUCUGUGUCCAGAUGCUACCUGACCACGGACAAAGAGGCCCCGGGGCUGAUCCGCAUGCAGUCGCUGGCCUACCUGAGCGGCUUCCCGCCUUCUUUCAAGGAAACGGAGCAGCUGAGAGUCAAACUGCCCUCCGUCAUAACCAAUAGCAUCAAGCAGUUCGAGUUGUACUCGGAGGCCGGCAUCGCCCUCCUCCACCUGAAGACCCCGCAGGACUUCACCGAUCUGACCCAGCAGGCGAAAAAGAACCUGACCCUGGAUGGGAAAGAGUUGACCAUCAGCCCGGGCUACCUGUUCUGGGACCUCACCGCCAUCUCACAGUCGAAGCAGGACGAAGACGUGUCCGCCAGCCGGUUCGAGGACAACGAGGAGCUCCGCUAUUCGCUGCGCUCCGUGGAGAGACACGCCCCCUGGGUGCGACACAUCUUCAUCGUCACCAACGGGCAGAUCCCCUCUUGGCUCAACCUGGAUAACCCCAGAGUCACAGUGGUCCCACAUCAGGAUAUCUUCCUGAACAGCAGCCACCUUCCCACGUUCAGCUCCCCGUCCAUCGAGACCCACAUCCACCGCAUCCCGGGCCUCUCUCAGAAGUUCAUCUACCUCAACGACGAUGUGAUGUUCGGGAAAGACGUCUGGCCGGACGACUUCUACAGCCACUCCAAAGGACAGAAGGUGUAUCUCACCUGGCCUGUGCCCAACUGUGCCGAGGGCUGCCCGGGGUCUUGGAUCAAAGAUGGCUACUGCGACAAAGCCUGCAACAACUCCGCCUGUGACUGGGAUGGAGGGGACUGCCUCGGAGCGGCGGGAAACGGUCGGUUUGUGGCCGGGGGCGGCGGGGGCGGGCCCGGUGGAGGGGGCGGGCCGGUGUGGCAGUUUGCAGGCGGCUUGGGGGGUCUCGGGGGAACGUCGUACUGUAAUCAAGGCUGCGCCAACUCCUGGCUGGCGGACAAGUUCUGUGACCAGGCCUGCAAUGUUCUCCCCUGUGGGUUUGACGUGGGAGACUGUGGCCAAGAGCACUUCUCGGAGCUGCUUCAUGUGACCCUAACGAGGAACCAGAGCCUCUACACCCUCCCGGUGGGGGAAACCAGGCCGUAUUUCAGCUUUGAAAGACUGGCCCGGAGAGUCUCCGAGGCCCACGUCAGCGACAGCCCGGCGCUGCGCCACUCCUCCGUCGCCAACAAGUGGAAGACCAUCCACCUGCUGCUCCACCCGGGGCACAACGCCACGCGGCUCCAGUACAACCUGACCCUCCAGAGGGACGACGCCACGGAGUUCGUCAUGAGCUUCGCCGUGGCCGUCGACACCCGCGAGGCGCCCGCGGCCAACGCCUCGCGGGGCGGCGCCGCCGCCGCCGCCAAGGACGGCGAGCCGAAGCCCACCUCGACUCCGGAGCCGGCGGUUCCGUUCGCGGACGUCCCCGAGGAGCGGCGCGGCCCAAAGAUCCGCAGGAGGCCGCCCGGAGAGCCUCUGACCGCCGUAGAGGUGCCUUCGCUGGACGUGUCCCUUCUACCUGCCGCCGUGCAGAGCGAGCUGCAAAAGCUGGAGGAGAGGCUUCUGAUCGGUGACAUCACCGCGAGGGGUUAUAACCUCACAAAGGCCGAGCUUCUGAAACCCUACGAGGCACCGGAUCAGGAGCAGGGGAAAAAACCCCGGGAGGACUUGGAGGGAAAACCACCGGCUGAAGAGAGAGAGGAAAAUAUCGUUCAGAAAAAUCCAAACCCCAGAGAGGAAAUGUCCCGGAAAGUCAGCCACACUGAUGAUAAGCAUGAAGAAGAAGCUCCCGAACACUAUGAUCUUAAUACAGUGAUAGAGAGGCCGAUGACGUCCAAACUGCUGGUCAGUAUUUCCAAGUCCACGAAGCCAGAAGACCCUGCGGAAGGAGCUCCUUUAGGGAGGAGGCUGCUACACUUCAUCUCCGCAGACAGAGGCUUCCUGCCGUGGGAGAGGAGGAAAUACUUCCAGAAGCUGCUUGAGGAAGAGGAACGUCUGCAGAGGGAAUUGUCGUUCGAGGCCGACGGCGGCGCCGCAGGUCGGAGGCUGCAGGACACUUUCGCCGACUCCCUGCGCUACGUCAACAAGCUGCUCAACGGCCAGUUCGGCUUCACGUCCCGCAAGGUCCCCGCGCACAUGCCCCACAUGAUCGACCGCCUCAUCAUGCAGGAGCUGCAGGACACAUUCCCGGAGGCGUUCGACAAGACGUCGGGCCACCGCGUCCGCCACUCGGAGGACAUGCAGUUCGCCUUCUCGUACUUCUACUUCCUGAUGAGCGCGCAGCAGCGGCUCAACGUGUCCGAGGUGUUCGACGAGAUCGACACGGACCGCUCCGGUGUCCUGUCCGACCGGGAGAUCCGAACUCUGGCCACGAGGAUCCACGAGCUGCCGCUCAGCCUCCAGGACUUGACGGGCCUGGAGCAGAUGUUGAUAAACUGCUCCAAGACUCUCCCGACUAACCUGACCCAGCUGCACCUGGUGAACCCAACACAGGAGGCCUACUACGACCCAAGCAUGCCUCCUGUCACAAAAGGCCUCGUCCUCUACUGCAAGCCCGUCACAGAACGCAUCCAGAAGGCCUUCAAGGACCAGAACAAGUACAAGUUUGAGACCAUGGGGGAGGAGGAGAUAGCGUUCAAGAUGGUGAGGACCAACGUCUCCCAUGUGGUUGGACAGCUGGACGACAUUCGGAAGAAUCCCAGGAAGUUCAUCUGUCUGAAUGACAACAUUGACCACAGCCAUAAGGACGCUUCCACGGUGAAAGCUGUGCUGAGAGACUUCUACGAGUCCAUGUUCCCUCUGCCGUCCCAGUUCGAGCUGCCGAGAGAGUAUCGCAACAGGUUCCUGCACAUGGAGGAGCUCAAGGAGUGGCGAGUAUAUCGGGACAAGCUGAAGUUCUGGACGCACUGCGUCCUCGUGACCCUCGUCGUCUUCACCAUCAUGUCGUUCUUUGCCGAGCAGCUGAUUCUGUUAAAGCGAAAGCUGUUCCCGAGACGCAGAGUAAGCAAAGACAGCAACCCGGAGCGGGUGUAAAAAACAAACAAACGCAAAGGACACCAGGACUUCCCUCCUAUUCUUUGUGCUCUUCCAGCCACGUCGAGCCUCUCUCUCCUGCUCAGAUGGGCGGAUUUAGCGUGGGGGACUUGGUUGGGGACCCGGUUGGGGACAGGAAUCCGAAGCCCCUCCGUAGUUGUGUUGCAUCAGCACCUACAGACGGAGGACAGACACUCUCGUCAGACGCCGUCUGAAGUGUGGCUGGCCAGAAAGACGAAGGCCGUGUGAUGCUUAUUUUACUCCACUGGGGGCAUCUGAGGCUUUUGUACAACACACACACACACACACUUGCAAUUACACACAAAAACACUCCCUCCAAUCUGCACCACCCUCCGUGCGUCCUGCUCUCACCGUGUUUUGUAUUGACAGCAGCUGCCAGGAGUUACUGUGUGUGAGUUUUACCAUAAAAUCCACAAACUGUUGUUUAAAGCUCAAACGAACAGAAGGCCGACAAAUUGUUCUGAUGAUCCGUCAAUAUUUUGAGGCCGUUUUCAAGGAGCAAUGCCAAACAUUUGUUGUUACCCGCUUCUUACGUUGGACUAUUUUCUGUUUUAUGUUGCCAUUAGUUGAUCAUCUUAAGACAUAAGCUUUGUGUUGCCGGGAAGGUUUUCUCAGCUUUUUGAAAAUGGAGAGAAAGGAAACGUGUGGGGAAAAAGACACACAACAAAGGAUUCAAAUAAUCUACUCCAGGAGCCCUGGUUAGUGUUGGGCUUUUAACACUAUGGCUUAAUUUUAAGGAAAUUAAGAUAAAAGGUACAACUAGUGAAUCUUAAGUGUUGGUUUAUUGGCCCGUCUUUAACUCGAAGUGCCUUCGUUGUUCAUUCCUGCUCGUCUGAACAUUUCUUUUUGUAUUAUUAUGUCUUCUAAAUGUUGGCCACGUGACCCUUUUUUCAAGGGCGAGGCGAGUGAUUUACAAUCAGAAUUAUAGGAUUACGUGACUCUUAAUGUGGUACAAAUUGAAUUGAUAAGUGAACACGUGAUGCUUUUAUAGCCUCCUGUGUCCGUGUCCCUGUGGGACUCAACAGGAUCGCUGCCGUCUGAAAUUCAGACUCCCUCAGCAUGAUGCGUGACUUUAUCUGGUUUGUAUUAUGGUGAGCCUCAAAGUCUCGAUGUACAGAACGACGUUAGCAGGCGAGGCGAGGACUUGCGUUCCUGGACAAUAGGAAUCUCCCAUUGCAUUGGUUCAAUGAAGGUCACUGACUAAAAUAAAGCGGGGCUUGUUUCAGUCGUCUCGGUGUUUUUGUCGUGUGUGUGAAGUCUGGCCGACCGUCUCCACUGUUCAGCAGGUGCAGUUUAUCCCAGUGAGCAUUCAUUUGGUUUGAAAAGACGUUGCAAAAUGGUUUAAAAGAACAUUUUUUAUCAAAGUCUAUGUAUAGACCACAUUUCAACGUGAUUUUUAAAAAUGCCAUCCUCUACUUUGGCCUUAUUUUAUAGGUUUAAAAAACGACGUACACAUUUGUACGUUCACCACCGAUAGACAUAAGUGUAGAUACAUAUAUACACACACAUAUAUAAAAAAUAGUUUUCCCUUUGAC